GCCCGCCUGGGCUGCGGGCCCGGCCGCUGUCCUCGCCGCGGCUCCCCUGAGCUCGUCCCUGACGCGCGCCCGGGCGGCGGGGCUCCGCGGCCGCCGCUGCCUCGGGGGAGCGAGGGCGGAGGGCGUGUGUGCGCGCGUGUGAGCAGGGCGCCGGCGGGGCUGCAGCGGAGCACUUCGGAAGAAUGACUCUGGAGUCCAUCAUGGCGUGCUGCCUGAGCGAGGAGGCCAAGGAAGCCCGGAGGAUCAACGACGAGAUCGAGCGGCAGCUGCGCAGGGACAAGCGCGACGCCCGCCGGGAGCUCAAGCUGCUGCUGCUGGGGACAGGAGAGAGCGGCAAGAGCACCUUCAUUAAGCAGAUGAGGAUCAUCCAUGGGUCGGGAUACUCUGAUGAAGACAAGAGAGGUUUUACCAAACUGGUGUAUCAGAACAUCUUCACAGCCAUGCAGGCCAUGAUCAGAGCUAUGGACACUCUCAAGAUCCCCUACAAGUAUGAACACAAUAAGGCUCAUGCACAGUUGGUUCGAGAGGUCGAUGUGGAGAAGGUGUCUGCUUUUGAGAAUCCAUAUGUAGAUGCAAUAAAGAGCCUGUGGAAUGAUCCUGGAAUCCAGGAGUGCUACGAUAGACGGCGGGAAUAUCAGUUAUCGGACUCUACCAAAUACUAUCUGAAUGACUUGGACCGUGUAGCCGACCCUUCCUAUCUGCCUACACAACAAGAUGUGCUUAGAGUCCGAGUCCCCACUACAGGGAUCAUCGAAUACCCUUUUGACCUACAAAGUGUCAUCUUCAGAAUGGUCGAUGUAGGAGGCCAGAGGUCAGAGAGAAGAAAAUGGAUACACUGCUUUGAGAAUGUCACCUCGAUCAUGUUUCUAGUAGCACUUAGUGAAUAUGAUCAAGUUCUUGUGGAGUCAGACAAUGAGAACCGAAUGGAGGAGAGCAAAGCACUCUUUAGAACAAUUAUCACAUAUCCCUGGUUCCAGAACUCCUCUGUUAUUCUGUUCUUAAACAAGAAAGAUCUUCUAGAGGAGAAAAUUAUGUAUUCCCACCUAGUUGACUACUUCCCAGAAUAUGAUGGACCCCAGAGAGAUGCCCAGGCAGCUCGAGAAUUCAUCUUGAAGAUGUUCGUGGACCUGAACCCUGACAGUGACAAAAUUAUCUACUCCCACUUCACAUGCGCCACAGACACGGAGAACAUCCGCUUUGUCUUUGCUGCCGUCAAGGACACCAUCCUGCAGCUGAACCUGAAGGAGUACAAUCUGGUCUAACCGUGCCUCCCAGAAACCGUUCUUCCCUUCCCUAUGGGCUGUUGAAGAAAAACAAGAGGGACUGUAUUUCUGUGGGAAACAAUUUGCAUAAUACUAAUUUAUUGCCGUCCUGGACUCUGUGAGUGUGUCCACAGAGCUGUAGUAAAUAUUAUGAUUUUAUUUAAACUAUUCAGAGGAAAGAGGAUGCUGAAGUACAGUCCCAGCACAUUUCCUCUUUUUUUUUUUUUAGGCAAACCUUGCGACUCAAUGUAUUUUAAAUUUUUAGUCAUUCAUUCACAAUAUUAAAGCACUCCUGUCAUUUGUUCUCUCUCUCUUUCUCUCUCUCUCAUCCUUUCUCUUCCUUCCUCCGCUUUCGGUUGACCAAAAGAAAGCUGAUUUUUCUUCUUCCUAUUCCAUACCUCCAUGCUGUUUUUCUUUUCUCUCAUAUUACGAUGGCCUUUACCGUAGUUCCAUUCCUGGUCAAGUUUCUCUGUCGAGUGAUGCGGUCAGGACAGUGUCAUUUGAUUGAAGCCGUCUUAUGUCAGCUUCGUUUAACAGUGCUCCUGAUAAAGGUGUGUAUGUGUUACCACUAUGUUUUAAAUGUAUCUCUCUGGAUGCACAUCACAGCUAGUAUUUCUUUUUCAAUACAUACAUGCACAUACAUGUAUAAUCUGUAUCGUCUUGUCUCACUUGAGCCAGGACAGUGGGUGCCCAUUGAUGGUUAAGAGGCAUAUCUUUUAGGUGCGGACCGUCAGCCGUAGCUGAUUGUACAGAGAAAUAUAUGGGAGUCAAAGUGUGUAGGCACAGGCUGUGAAGAGGUCCUUGCUUCUCCACCCCUUGUGCCACGUCCUUCCUCUCUUCCUUGCUUCCUUUUUUUUCUCGUUAGGUUUUUCACCCUCUCUUUAAACCACAGAUGCCAAAUGAUAUGCCAACAGACACUACAUUCCCCAGCAGCUGCUGCCAGAGCCCUCUUGUAGCUUCUUCAUUUUCUGUUUGUUUCAACUUUCCUUCCCUCCUGUCCCCCCUUGUGUUUGGGCCAUAAUUUUAAAAUAAUUUUUAUUAUGGGUAUGUGUUGCCAAAGCCAGAUUUUUAUAAGACAAAAUAAAUUAAGAAUUUAAACAGUAAAAGCCAGCGUCUCAAAAUGUAAGCAUUAAGACAGGGAGGGGGAUGACAGCUGCGUGUGAACCGGAAACACACAUUGCCAAACAGUUGCUAACUGAACUGUGUCUCAUGGUCCGUUCUUUUCUUUAAGGUCAUGGUCCGUUCUUUUCCCUAAGGUCAGUGCCAGUGUCCAGAUGAACAGUGUAGAAAAGUGCCCUGUGUGGUUUGUCAUGAGAUCUGUUCGUAUCUCUACUGGCACCAGUUGUGUGUUCUUUUUAAGUUCAAGUGAGCCUGCCAAGAACACUGGAUAGUAUUAGCCUGAAACCUUUGAUUUGGGGGAAAAAAAAAACAAAAGUGAGCUGGCUUUACCACCUUCAGGAUCUUCUUGAACUGGUCACUUGAACUUCAGGAAGAUUUGUCGACUUAUUCAAAAGUCACCACUCAGUGUUCCGUCAAGCAUGUAUUUAUGUGACGAUCAUCUAGGAGAGACGUUAGGAAUUCUCCCUGUGCAAUCUGUCAGCAGAUGCAAGCAGUGCUGAACAUGUGUGAGUGAGCAGCCUACACCAUAUGUCAUUUAAGUAGAUCGUGAUUGCGCUAAGGCUGCUGGGAAGUUAGACUGGGAUACCAGUGUCGUUCGUGCUUGGCACUUGGCUGAACUUCCAUAUAAAUCACUUUUCUUGAAUAACAAAGGAGGGAGAGAGUGAGCAGCUCGCUGUGUGAACAUUGAAAUUGCUGACUCGUAAUGAAGUGUUCUCAUGCUUUACUCUCCCAGCCUCAAAACAACACAGCUACUUUUUUAUCCCUUGCUCUAGAAAGCACCUGUAAUUUAAUUAACAGACUGCCUGUAGGUAUAGUGCAAUUAUGAAUGCUCUGAUCAUUGUACAUACAUCUCUCUUGAUAUUGCAGCAUCCGUACUGGCUUUGUAAUCAUUAAUUUUUUGGCAGAUUGAAUGUGCUGUAUUGAUAUGUAUCUAUGUAAUUGUAUUGUAUGUCUUAUAGCUAAUUCACAUUUUGAAUAAUGUUAUUUUAUUUACUUUUUUAAGAGAGGAGAAUGUAAAUUUGUCAGUUUAUUUCUGACUAGGGAUAUUUUUUUCCAUUUAGAAAAGAAGAGAAAAAAAAAAAAACCCUUACUAUCGUACAGAGCGGUACUAGCAUCGUGCUGUCUAAAAUCAUUUGCACAUUCCCGAGUAGAGGUGUGCUGACCUAAGACCCAAAGGUAAUUUCAUAGCAAACACACAACAUCUGUCAGAGCUUUUAUACAAACAGAGACCAACUUUGUAGACCUUUUGCCAUUUGACCUGGGGUUGGAAUAUGAGCUUUUAUACAAUUCAUAUUCUUAUUUGGCAAAUGCACAGUUUAGCAUUACCUCUCUGAUGGCCUUUAUUAGAAAGGCAGUUUUAGAAGCUAUUGUGAUCCACUAAGGAAAUGUUUUAUCAGCUAGAGACCACUGCUUGCCUGAAAGGGCAACCUUAAAUCUGGUGCAGCAUAAAAAAAAAAAAAAAAAAAAAAAAAAAAAAAAAAAAAAAGAAAACAAAAAAAAGAAAAAAAAAAGAAAGAAAGAAAAUGAGUAAAAAGUAACAUUUUGAUGGCCUACAGUAUAUAGAGAAAACCUCAUCACAGGAUCUGAAGUGUUAAAAGUCCUAAGGAACCGAGCUAUUCUAUUUAAUAGAGCUGUAGUAGAUGUAGUUCAGUAAUCCUGAUCUCAAGCUCAGAGCUGCUGAGCAAAGCAGGGAGAGGUCGCCAUGUUGUGUUUAUGAAUUGAGGAUGGAACUUGCUAUGCAGAAUUGAAGUUGUGGCUUCGCUGCGCAUCCUGGGGUGCAUGACAGGCUCCCUUCUUUUGAGAAAGGAAAACAUUGAUCACCCUAGCCACAGUGACGCCUAGACACCUAAUUGUAUCCACACUAGUCAUUGAAGCUAAAAAUAAUUUUAUUGUUGUUUCUUGUUUGGGGUUUUAUUGAAGGGGUGAGGGGCGGGAAGGGCUUCUCAGUUUUGUACAAAAACAAAAAACAAAAAACAAAAAAAAUGAAGUUUACUCAUGCUUUCUCUUCUAUUGUGAUUGCAAGCGUUCUAAGCUGUGCCACUGACUCCUGUUGUUGAUGCUUUAGAUAAUGGAGGCUUGUGAGUUUUAUGGUGACUUGGGCAUGUCUUAUUCAGAAGCAAAACGCAGACCACAGAAACCCUUCCUCAGCAUACCAAGGCAGGCAGCCACCUCAUGAGUCACCCAGCACAUCACAGUGUGCCGUUUACAGAUGACGUCUCCCUUUUGUGUGCAAUGCGCCAGUUCCCACCCACAGAGAAGUUCUACUUGUAAAUUGGAGGUUUAUACUAUGCCUUACAGAGCUUAAAUUCAGAAGUCUGUGCCUCAUAUCCGAAACAAAGGGAAAAACACGCCCGUGCAAAAGUGAGCAAGUCCUAUAGAACCUGCUGGGUUGUCCUUAGUUUCCUUAGGAAGAGCUCUGUUGAAUGUCCUGAGUAGCUGGGAAAGUCUUCUUAGGAGCCUGCACGUGUUGUUUACUGGCAGGUGGCAUCCACAGUGAUAUUUAAAGAACCUGGAACUCGGGGGGCCUUGGGAGUUUUGUUUUGUUUUCUUUCAUUUAGGUUACAUUAGCAGGCCUAAUAGUUUUAAAAGGUAAUUCAGCCAAAGGGCAAUUUACUUUUUGUACUUCAGACUUAUUAUUGAUUGUCAAGUUGUACGAAUUGUAAUUUAAAAAUUUAUACUGCCACAUGAUUGUAAAUUUUAGUUGUCUUAAGUAGGAAUUGGUGAAAAGCUGUUUAUGCUGGAUUUGGGUCUAAAUGACUUGAUUAUUUGCAAAAAAAUAAAAUAAAAUAAAAACUAAUAAUGGGAAGAAAGGGCUGCAUAACAAGAUACUGCAAGACUCAGAUCUUGGUUGGAAAUUCCUCAGAUUCCUUCAGAUGAACCCCAUGCCCCUUUGUUUUUAGUUUUCAAAAGAAUGAAUGAAGUGAAAUAUAGCAGAAUGUUAACCCAUAUAAAAAUAAAGUGUACCCAAAUAUUGUAAUGUA